AUGUCUACUAGUCCAUUCACCAUCGUUAGUCUUGCUUUAUUGGGAUUUAUUUUAAAUUCAAUAUGUAUGAUCGAUAUUUGUAAUAAUAAAUCGAAUGGUUUUGAUACUAAUUAUACAAGCGAUUAUCGUCAUCCACAAAUAUAUAAUUCAAUAGAUAAAAGACCCUGUUGGCUAACACCAAGUUAUCGUCAUAAAGAAAAUGGUCUUUAUGGAAAUCAAAUACAAGAAUGUUCGUCUUAUUAUGAACGUAAAGAUAAACGUUUUGUUAGUUCCAUAAAAUGUCCAACAAAUAUGCGUUUUUCUGAUAAAUAUAAAAUAUGUUUAUUUACAUUAUUUAAUUGUAAAAAUAAGACUAUAUAUCAAUUUUAA